AUGGCCGGAGUGAUCCAAGAGAAGACUUCAUUGGUCGAGUCGCCCUACUUGCGCUCGCUUCUAGCAGGCGCAGUAGCAGGCACAACAGUAGACACAUCCCUCUACCCCCUCGACACCCUAAAAACCCGCCUCCAAUCCUCGACCGGCUUCCUCGCCGCCGGCGGCUUCCGUGGCGUCUAUGCGGGCGUCGGUUCCGCAAUCGUCGGCUCCGCCCCUGGCGCCGCCCUCUUCUUCGUCACCUACGAUGCCAUGAAGCGCAACUUCGCAAACCCUGCACACACAGCUACACAAGCCGCUGGUGUACAUAUGGUGGCUGCGAGUUUGGGAGAGGUGGCCGCUUGUGCGGUGAGAGUUCCUACAGAGGUUGUGAAGCAGAGGGCGCAGGCGAAGCAGUAUCCGAGUUCUAGAGCGGCGUUGGCGAGUAUUUUCGUGUUGAGGAAGAGUGCGGGAUGGGGUGUCAUGGCGAAGGAGUUAUACAGAGGGUGGGGUAUCACAGUCAUGAGAGAGGUGCCGUUCACAGUCAUUCAGUUCCCUCUGUGGGAGGGUAUGAAGAGGUGGGCUGCCAAGAGAGAUGGAAGGGAUACCGCUACUGCGCUUCAGUCUGCUGUGUUCGGCUCUAUCACUGGUGGCUUUGCUGCGGCUCUGACGACACCAUUGGAUGUGCUGAAGACGAGGAUGAUGUUGGCAAAGGAAAAGGUCUCCGCCUCACAACUGUUGGGCGAGAUAUACAGAAAAGAGGGCAUGAAGGCUUUCUUCAAGGGUAUCGAGCCCAGAGUUACUUGGAUCAGCAUCGGUGGUGCCGUCUUCCUCGGAAGUUACCAAUGGGCGAGCAAUGCUUUGGGCGGCGUCAACUAA